CUCUUUCUUUCCAAACCCUCAAAAAAAACUUCGCAUUAAAAAAAAUAUACGGCAAUGAGCUUCAUUGAUAAUGAAGAAGAUGAUGAAUAUAUUGACAUGGAAAUCACUUCAUUUUCCAAUUAUUUCACAAAUUCAAGGAAUUCAAGGGAAUUUGAAUUCCAAAUGUCUUCAAUUUCCAUUGAAAAGGAACCCACAAGUUCCCCAGCUGAUGAACUUUUUUACAAUGGGAAGCUUCUUCCCCUUCAUCUUCCUCCACAGCUGCUUCAAUUUUCGGGUUCCGGUUCGGGUUAUGGUGACUUCAACAAUGGUGUGGUUGAAGAAUUGUAUGGCACACCAUUAACCACUACUGUUACGACACCGACUUCAACGAGCACUCCGUUUGAAUCCUGCAAUAUCUCGCCUUGUGACUCGUGUUAUGUUAGUGGAGAGCUGAACCCGGAUGAGUACUCGUCGACGUCGUUGUUCUACGAGUACUCGACCGAGACGGAAGUUAGUCGAUGUUUCGAUGAGAACCCGAAGAAGUCUUGGACUAAAAAACUCAAGCUCAGCUCAAAGUUGAAGGCUUCGAGAGCUUACCUCAAAGCCUUGUUUGGAAAAUCAGGUUGCACGGAUGAAUCAUCCGCCGCGGCUAAAGAUGGCAAUCAAACUACGGUUUCGAAACCGAAAAGGCGAAACAAUGCGGACAAAGGGAAGCUAGUUGACAAUAGCGACGGUAAUGGUAAUAGUAAUCGUCAUAGGAGAUCGUUAUCGACGACGGCUACGAAAGGUUAUUCUUUGACGAACAAGUCUUCCACUUCUUCAUCCUCAUCAUCUUCUUCUUCUUCAAACUCGAAUGGCUCAAACGGUUUUCCGUACCUGCAGUUUCUUAAACGAAGCAGCAGCGUUAAUACGGAAAUCGAGAAUCCAAUUCAAGGAGCCAUUGCACAUUGCAAACGAUCUCAAGCUCAAAAGAUGAUGGCCUCAACUAAGAUUGUAGGUGAAGUUGGGUAUUAUUCUUUGUCAGCUUCUAACAUUCCUGUUUUCGAAGAACAAGACAGGCCAGAUCAUUGCAGGGGCUAAAAAAAUUGAUAAUUUAUGUUAUUCGGAUUCAGGUAUAUGUUAAAUACGAAUAUUUUUUAAAGAAAAAUGAAGAAUCGGAGUAAGGAUAAAAAUAACAGAAUGUAGAUUUUUGUUAUUACUUUUGAAGUAUAACAAGGUUUGAUGCAAAAUUGUCUUGUAAUAUGUUAGAACAUAAAUUGUCUAUGGAAGUUCCUUUCAAGAUGAUGGAGUGAAUUUCUUUAAAAUGUACCAAUACAUUUCUUCUUUAAUUA